UCCGACGGCUCGAGACAGGUCAAGUAGAUGCAUUUAAAACAGCACAAUAUAAAAGACAAAGUACUGUGCAUUCUAAUGUAAUUCAAUCAUUUGAAGUCUUCUAUUGCAGUUUGAUUAUAGUCAGAGAGUGCGUGUUUACUUCAGACACUGUCUUGUGCUGCACACACACACACACACACACACACACACACACACACACACACAGCAGCAGCAUGAGUGUGUGUGGAGCUGCUCGGUUCCGCGGCUCCGUGGCGAGGAUCCUUCAGCAGCACCGAGCCGUCUGCAGCCACACGAGCGGCUCAUCUACCGAGGGAAUCAGGGAGAAGCUGCAGGCUUUCCCGGGAGGAUCCGUGGAGCUCCGGAAGCAGCGGGACUCGGGCGUUGCGCUGCUCACGCUCAACAACCCCGCGCGCAGGAACGCGCUCUCAGGCUGCAUGAUGCUUGACCUGGAGCAGCGUCUGUGUGAACUGGAGACCUGGACAGAAGGGAGAGCUGUGAUUGUGCAGGGAGCUGCUGGGACCUUCUGCUCUGGAUCAGAUCUCAGUGCAGUCAGAGCCAUAGCAAACCAACACGACGGCAUGAAGAUGUGCGAGUUCAUGCAGAACACUCUCACAAGACUCCUCAGGCUGCCGCUCAUCUCCGUGGCCCUGGUGGAGGGACGAGCGCUGGGUGGAGGAGCAGAACUCACCACCGCCUGCGACUUCAGGUUGAUGACGUCUGAUGCUGUUAUCCAGUUUGUCCAUAAGCACAUGGGUUUGGUUCCUGGAUGGGGAGGAGCUGCAAGACUCGUUCGUAUCGUUGGCAGCCAGAAUGCCUUGAAACUGCUGAGCGGCGCUAGAAAAGUGGAUCCAGACAUUGGAAAACAGAUGGGACUGGUUGAUGAGGUGCUCCAUUGUUCCUCUGGCGAGGGAGAAGCACUGUGUCAGGCCGAGCGGUGGCUGGGUCAGUUGAUUCAGGGCCCGGCUCCAGUGAUCCAGGCGGUGAAGAGGGUUGUGGUCUCAGGAAGAGAGCUUCCCCUGGACCAAGCCCUUCAGGCGGAGAGAAGUGUGUUUGGGACAGUAUGGGGCGGUCCAGCCAAUCUCGAGGCUCUGGCUUUAAAACCUAAACAUAAGUGAGUGACUGCAUCAUCAUCGCUGCUUACCAUUAAAACUGUUUCAAAUGUGCUUGAACAACCUUAUAUUUUCAGAUCAAUAGAAUUAACAGAAAAGUUCCUGGAUUGGUUUGCAGAGUUUGCUCAUGCACACAUUAGUAUGUUAACAUCUGAAUGCUGUAUCUUUCAAAGUUUUGUGUUUGCAAUAAUCUAUGUAUAUUAAUGCAGUACUUUAAAGUUGUCUUUUUUUUUCUUCAGAAAGGAUAAACCUGAGGGGAAAAUAAAGCAGUAUCAGCUAAUUAAAAUUCAUGAAUCCAG